GAUCAUAGUGCAUUAACAUACUCAUAAAAUAAAAUACGUGCCGCCCUCGCGAUGAGUGGUCAAAGACACCUGAGCCAUCAGUAUUCACACAACGAGGAAGACCACCUGGCGACGCACCUAGAAGAACUCACCGUAUUUAUCGCCUGAAGAAAGUUUCUCCUUUUAUGUUAAUUUGAUUUCAUGAGCUGAGCAAGAUGUUCGUCGUUAGACUUAUUCUCUUCUUAUGCCUUGCAGUGGCCGUUUUCGGACAGAUAUCAACUACUGACGUUCCCCUGUCUACUGCAGCUCCCCCGUCUACAGAGGCUCCCCCAUCUACUGAGGCUCCCCCGUCUACAGAGGCUCCCCCGUCUACUGAGGCUCCCCCGUCUACAGAGGCUCCCCCGUCUACUGAGGCUCCCCCGUCUACUGAGGCUCCCCCAUCUACUGAGGCUCCCCCAUCUACAGAGGCUCCCCCGUCUACUGAGGCUCCCCCGUCUACAGAGGCUCCCCCGUCUACAGAGGCUCCCCCGUCUACAGAGGCUCCCCCGUCUACUGAGGCUCCCCCGUCUACUGAGGCUCCCCCGGCUACUGACGCAACACCAACACCGGAGGCCACUACAACACCAUCAAAAUCAGAUCCCUGUGCCUCACACCCAUGCAAAGGUGGCAGCAGCUGUCAGCCAGGCUAUAACUCCCACUUCACCUGUCUCUGUCUGGCUGGCCAAAAAUACUCUGAGGCUAGAGGGCUAUGUGAGGAAGCCAAGGUCUUCCCUGGAUCUCUGACCCUACCUAAUCAGCCCUUUGACGAAAGCAUGACCAACCCACAAUCAGAAAGUUUCAACGCCACAGCUGACAGUUUAAUUGCUUUGAUGGGGAAGGUUUUUGUGGAUACACCUGGCUACAUUGAUUCCACAGUGCUGAAUCUCAGCGAAAUAGUUCCAGCUCGUACCUCCUGGUCACUUAAGUCAGGUGGUGUCAACGUGAUCAUGGAGAACAAUUUUAAACUCGACUUCAACAUCGAAGAAAACGUCAUCAAGGGAAAGAUAGACGGUGCUAUUGAAACCUGUACCAAAUCGGAUCCAGGUUGUUUAGAUGCUCUACUUAAACAAGCAGCAUACAAAGAAACCAAUCUGUGUGAUUCGUAUCGGAAACCUUGUGAGGACGUGUCAACUACUUGUCAAUCUAAGAAUGGUAGACCUGAAUGUACCUGUCUGGACAAUUACGUGAAAUCGGAAUACUGUACCAGAACAUGCAAAGCUUGUGAAAGUGGGAAGAUAGCAGUGGACGGUGUGUGUAAUGAUUGUUCAUUUGGUUAUUCGGGUUUUAACUGCAAUGAAUCAUGGAAGUUGAUACUGGUAAUUGUCGGCACUGUUCUUGGCGCGCUGCUACUCAUCACGCUAAUCAUGCUGCCAGUAGUUGCACGCAAGACGUCCAAGAAGAGCUCCUCCAAGAAGUCCUCGAAGAACGCUGAGGUUCCUACCUACACCAGCCCCUAUCCCACCAAGGACUUCAGGGCAUCGGCCUUAACCAAUGGGGGGGUGACCAAUGUCAGUUCAGGUUUUGCGGGUGUACCCAAGAUCCCCCGGGCCAUGCCCAACAACAACAGCUGGGACCGUGGCAGCAACCUGGAGAUGACGGAGAGCGGUAGCAGACAGGCACUGGUGACCAGGGGAGACAAAGGAGGGAUUGGCGGCUACCAGAACCCUGAUGACACAAGGUACUUCAACAACAGGAACCCCUACCAGAGCGGAGGUCAGGGCAACAACCCCUACCAGAGCGGAGGUCAGGGCAACAACCCCUACCAGAGCGGAGGUCAGGGCAACAACCCCUACCAGAGCGGGGGUCAGGGCAACAACCCCUACCAGAGCGGGGGUCAGGGCAACAACCCCUACCAGAGCGGAGGUCAGGGCAACAACCCCUACCAGAGCGGAGGUCAGGGCAACAACCCCUACCAGACCCGAAGCUAGGACAACCCUUACUUUACACACGACAAUGGAAGAAGAAACUGAAGACCCACUGGAACAGUCAACUAAGGAUACCAUUUUCUUCACAACACAAAUGCUUAGAAAUCAGAAAGCAAUAACAAUGGUUUUUAAAUAGUCCUACUUGUGAUUCUUCCCUAUGUUCUACUCAACUUUUAUGCACUGUGUAUCAAUCUUUUUUUUUGUACAAGAAAUGAUAGUUGAGUUGCAGUGUCCAUUCUGAAAUUGAUGUAGCCAAAAGGCUGUUAAUGUAUUGUCGGUCAGUUUUUCUUAUGUUUUUUAGUAUCAGUUAAUCCAUUCUCAUGUCCUGAUUGUAUUGUAUAACUGUAAUUAAUGUGUUUUCUAAUAUCAAUCCAAUACUGUAUUCAUGUGUGAUACAUGAGGGCUUAAUCUGUGACUCAUGCAAAUCUUACAUUAACAUCAAUGCAAGAUGUUAUAACAUGAAAGUCCCAAGUUUCGCGUGCUAAAUCAUCAUUACUUUAUGAUUGCAUGGGUCUGUCAUUUUAAAUGUUUCUUGUUUAUUCAUUUAAAUAUGGACGAACCCAGUUAAAUUGAUGUUAGGGGAAUUUAUUGGUGUGGUUCGCCAUUAUCUGUUUAAUCUCUUGUACAUCUAUGAAUUUGCUGAUAUUCAAUCAGGGUUUAGAAACAGCAAAUAAUGCCUUUUAUCCUUAAUGUGCCAUCUUAAUACAUAUUGUAUAUGUAAUAUAAAUAUUGUCAAAUAUAAAUAAACAGAAUGUGUGUAAAAUUGUUCAACCAUACAUACAGUUCAGUAUGAUGACUUUUACACAAUACAUUUUGUAAAUGAGACUGGCUUCUUGAUGUUAGAAUAAAGAAAAGGAAAAUAAAUCAAUUUUGAUUGUA